AAAAAAAGAAUGCGGCGACAAAAAACCGAAGAGGAACGGAGCUGGACUUCAAUUUCUCGGCAUUUUUUAUGCCUUGAAUGUAGAAAAUAUUUCCGGAAUAAGCGCGAGUUCUAUUGGCACACCGAAGAUUGUCUUAUGGAAGCUUUUGAACGAGAAGUUGCUCUAAGCGUAUCCCGUGGAGCCGACGAAGAUAUCGCUGAAAAUGAGGAAGAAUGGGAUGAUCAACCAUCAGAAGAAGCUCUUGGUCUUAUAGCGAAAAACGAGGCGUCUCCGUCAAAACAACAACAACCACCACCACCACCAAAAUCUUCACCAAGAAAACCGGAAAAAGCUCAAAAAGAGGAAAAAGUGAUAGCAGGGCCACGUGGAUCACAAAUCAUUGUAUCAGUUGAGCCCCAAGUUGAAGCAGGCUUUCAGUCGGAUGAUGAUGAUGAUAGUGAACCACCACUUUUAGUGUCACAAGUUGAACAGGAAAAAGAGGAUAUUAAUGAAGAAGAUAUUGGAAAUAAUGAUGAUGAAGAGGAGGAAAUGGAAGGAGAUUUGGAAUAUGGAGAUGAAGAGACUCCGCUUAGUUUUAUACCUUCUGGAACGGUAGUCGGAGCUCCAGCGAAUCAGGACGACGGCUCGAAACCAAAAAUGGAGUGUCCAACGUGCGGUCUUGUGCUCUAUAGGCACAAUUUUGCGGCUCAUUUCCGAAUUCACACUGGCGAACAGCCGUAUGGAUGUGACUAUUGUGGAAAGCGUUUUCGAACGACAUCAUCGUUAAAAGUGCACAAAAGAGCACAUACUGGAGAGAAGCCGUAUGUGUGUCCGAGUUGUGAUUAUCGAACGAUAACGAAGAGGAAUCUGGAUCGACACAUUGUUAAUCAUCAUAUUAGAAAUGCGGUUAUAAAAGGACCAAUUAUGAGAAGAUCUAGAACAAUUCCUCGAUAUCACCCCGAAGACCAAGUCGAAUCGAUACCGACAACAAUGAAGUACACUGUAAACGAGAAAUCCGUUCGAGUAUCCGUCGCGGCGACACGCCGACGGCAACUUCGAGAAGAUCAUACUUAUAUAUCGGCUGCCGCCGCAUCCACUUCAAAUGAGCCUUAUGUAGAAGAAGAGGAAGAGAUUAUAGAGGAAGCUCCAAUUGGAGACGAAGAUGAUGAAGAAGAAGAAGUUUAUGAAUGAAAAAUGCAAUUUCGACUAAACCAAUGAAGAAAAAUAUUGGAAAAAACAUGGUGCAAUCGACCUACUUGAGCCGACAUGCAAAAGUAAUCACAUUCUAUUUUUUUUUUUCGAAUUGUUCACAUUUUUCCCUGAAAACCCCCACCCCUCUCGUACAUGUAAUAUCAUUUCACCGUAAUCACCUCAUACAAAUGUCAUUUUUUAAUGAUAAUUCUCUGCUUUUUUUACCGCAAUUGUGAAUAAAUUUCAAUUUUUAUGAAAAAUAAUUUUU